UUAUGCAUUUGUAAUGACCAGCAAAUGCCAAAUUGGUUAAUUUCUAGACAUUCGGGAAUACUAAUACGCUCCCCGUAUCCUUCGCAAAAUUUCAACAGCUUGAAUUUAUAAAUUAUCUCACGUUUUUAUUCAUAAAGAGUGCUCAAUUAUUGUAUCGGGUUUUGUAAACGGGAGACAUCGGCAUGUUGCCGGCGGACGCAAUUUUAAUUUUGUCAAGAGCAAGCAAGAACAACAAUUGGGUCAACUGGCAGACGCGAGGAAACCGCUGUCGCAACAAGUCACAACAUCUACGGCAGGCGCAAACAACAGUUACCAAAGUUGGGAUUAAGCAGAGAUCUUGAAAUCGUCCAGAAUCGAGGGUGUUGGAGCUUUAAGGCAAAAUCAAAGGUCAAACAACAGAAAUCAACGCGCGAACUAAGUGAACUAAAUACUGAAAGACUUUAUAAAUAAUGCUCGUCCCGUCGACGACCAAGUCCAAUGGAAGACUAGCUCUUACUGUAACUUGGAAGUCUAUGUCAGGAACAGGAUCGGGCUGCCGUUCCAGUCUGAAGGAGCCCAUGUCACUGGAUGGCGCACCCGUCGCUCCAUCGUCGCAUCCCAGUUUGGCGUUCUGCUGCAUUAAGUGCCAGCGAUCAGCUGAUGAUGGUGUUGACAACUUGGCGGAGAAUGUUAAGAAUGAGAAUGACAAAUGGGCUACCAAUGGCAGCCCAUCAACAUCUCAACCGAUGACCAUUGACAACCAUAUGCCAAAAGCUCGAAACCGAAACCGAAACCAACCAACGACCGCGCUCUUAAAGCCAGCGAUGCAUCGAAAGUCCAAAAGUAAAAGCAGGAGCAUGUCUCAUGUCCACCCAACAACAACAAGAACAAGAGCAACAAAUUGUGCUGGCCCACAACACAUUAAGCAUGUUGAUAAAACGCAGCUGAAUCCCCACUCGCAUCCCCGGUCCCAGACAUCCAGAGUGAUCGCAACUGAACAACAACAAAAUACUGAAUGCAGUACGAGAAUCAACAUAAGCAAUAAAAAGAAGAAGGCUCAUUCGUCGCGAUAUAAAAUGGUAGUUAGUCCGUUGCCCUCGUUGCGGGCCACAUCCUUCGUCACGCUUCUCACGAUAAUCUGCAUAGAGACCGUGCUUCUAUCAACUAUGUCCAGCUGUGCUAAGACAUUCUACAUGCAUUGGAACACAUCGAACAGCAUAUUUCGGAUUGAUAACACCGAUCAUAUUAUUGACGUGAAUAAGGGCAAUCUGGCAUUCGAAUUCGACCAGGUGCACAUAAUAUGUCCAGUUUAUGAGCCCGGCGCAUUCGAGAACGAAACGGAGAAGUACAUUAUAUACAAUGUGUCUAAAGUAGAGUACGAAACAUGUCGCAUAACGAACGCAGAUCCGCGAGUAAUAGCUAUAUGUGAUAAGCCUCAGAAAUUAAUGUUUUUUACGAUAACUUUCCGGCCAUUUACACCGCAGCCAGGUGGUUUAGAGUUCCUACCUGGAAAUGACUACUAUUUCAUUUCGACGUCAUCGAAGGACGAUUUGUACCGUCGCAUAGGCGGUCGCUGUUCCACAAAUAAUAUGAAAGUUGUGUUCAAAGUGUGUUGUGCAGCCGAAGAUAAGAACAAGACAACGGAAACUACGCUCCUGGGCAGUGUGCCAGCCGAGAGUGGCACUGGCAAUGGCAAUGGCGUCGACAGUGCGGGGGUGAACGUGGAUCAGAAUCUGAAUACGAAUGCUAAUCAUGGACAUGGUCAUAAUGGUGUCAAUACCAUUGGAACUAACACUGGCUUCAUACCGGGUGGAUCAGCAGGUGGAUCAUCAGCUGGCGGCGGCGGCGGCGUUCAACUAAAGCCUAUAAACGGAAUGAUGGGCACCUCGAUCAACACGAACAUUGAUCAAUUCAAUCGCAUACCCAUUCAACCAAACAACGUAAUGGGCAACAAUAUUGGAGCAGCUGGAGCAGGGGGCUCUGGUACUGGCGGCAUAAUGCUGUCACCUGGCCAUGGCAGCAUAAAUAUGCUGCCACCGGGUCGGGGGGGCGGCGUUCAUAUGACCUAUCCCGGCCAUCAUCACAUUCAGACUGGCAUUCGGAUUAAUAAUGUGCCAACGCAACCAAAUAAUCAGCAUCCGCACCACAAGGGCAAUAUGAAUGUGAAUAGUAAUAAUGAUGAUCAUCACAAUUAUGACAAACAUCCAAAUGAGGUUGUCAAAAACGAAGAGCUCACCUACAACAGCGGAUCGGGACAAGCAACUCGGAGCCAUAUCUGGAUCUGGACCUGGCUGGCAGGCGGAGCAGCCACCAGGGGUCUAACCUCUAUGCAUGUCUAUGGCAUCAAUUCAACGCUCUUGCUGGCCAUCAUUGUCAUCACAUUUCAAUACCUGUUUUGGGCACCUGCCGCACAUACGAUGCGUCGCCGCCAAGAACCGCUUGCUAUUAAUUACCGGUGAAUGGCUCUCUCUCUCUCUCUCUGUCUGGCUGUAGCUGCCAGUUAAUUUAAGAAGAAGACAUAAGAUCACAGACAACACACACACACACAAUGUCCUUUGGUAGUAUUAUGUAAACAUAUUUACAUAUUCAAUGUAUUUUCAAUAGGAUCGAUUCGAACAUGGAGCCAAAUUGAAGCAAGCGAGGAAGAAGAAUUAGUAGAUGAAAAGAAGGAGAAAGGUGAAAUAGAAUAAAUAAGUAAACAAAUGAAAUUUUCAAGCGCAUUAAAACAUAGUUUAUAGCGAUAUAGAUUAACUUAACGCAUAAGUCAACAAAAAAAAAGCUGGCAAUACGCCGAUUUAAGACGAUAACAGUUUAAAGAGAGUAUAAGUUUUAAUUGCCAUUGGCCUUGGAGCCAUAGGGCUCUGGUCUCGUUGCAGUUCGUAUUCCCAAAGUAACCCAAAACCGAACCGAACCGAACCGAACCGAAUCAAUAUAUAACUUAGCGCCUUGAAAUUGUUCUACCUUAUUUGAAUGAGUCAAAAAUAUGAAACUAAAUUCAGAAGGAAGCCAUACAAGACGACCACCUCACAAACUAUUUUUGCCUAUUUCGAAAAAGAAAACAAAUGUUUUGCAAUUUAGUUGAGGAAUAUUGAUUUUUUUUGGAUAGAACAACAAAUUGCUGUAAAUAUUAUAAUUUAUUUUGCUCCUUCUCUCUCUUCGUCUUCAGUUAAAAGUUAUUUUUUUGAAACGUGGACCUAAAGGAGUUUUUGAAUUGAAAGUCAUUCAGAUCAUAAACACACGUUUAUCCACGCACUUCUCCAUUAAUUAGCAUCUAAUCUUUAUGUGUAAUUGACAUCAGAUCCUCGAAUGUCGCUAUCACACAAAAAUUUGACACUUCUAACUCAAAAGCAAACUCACAUUAAUAUACACAUACUUCUCGUGCAGCAGCUGCCUUGUACGCUGAAAGUUUUGACUGAAAAUUAACAAAAACAAAAACCACAAAAAAAAAAAACAAAUAAAAUAAAAAAUGAUGUAUUAGCGUUUAUAUAAAACACGUGUAGGAAAUUAGAAACUAGGUGACUAAGCGAAUGCCAGAGACGAUAAUGUAAACGUACACGCAAGUAAAUGUUAAAUCAAACCUAUGUAUAUGUAUGAAUGUUUCGUAUGCAUUUACAUUUACAUUUGCAUUUACAUUUACAUUUACAUUAACAUUAACAUUAACAUUUACAUUUACAUUUACACUUACAAUUACAAUUGUAUUCGUAUUAAGUAUUUCGAAUAUGGGAAAGGUGAAAUUCAAAGAACUCAACUGUAAGUUUUACGUUCUUAUGCUUUUUGUUUUUGUUUUGUUAGUUUUUAAUUUUAUAAUUUUGUAAAUGAACCAAGCAGUAUAUGCAUAUAUAUACAUAUAUAUGUGGUAUAUAUAUAAAUAAGUUACAUAAUUAUACUAGAAGAUACAUUCGUAUAUACAUUGAAAUAUAUAUGUGAGCAAAACGACACAGCAAAGUUUAGGUGAAACGUUAUAAUAAUUGUAUAUUUAAUAAACGAAAACGAUUUUGUAAUUUGUCAUGUAUUGUUGCAGUAUUUGCUCCAUUCAUACACAAAAGAAAACUGAAAACUGAAUAGAAAUGAAAAGAAAAUGAUAAACAAACAAAUAUUUACAUACCACAUAAGCAAGUAUUCAUAUACAGAAGACAUUCAAGACACAAAAAAAACUUGCACACACUCGAUAAUAAUGAGGUAGAUCGUUUCGGUACUAUAUAAUUAAAGUCUAGUUCUGAUAAUCAUCACUGUGCAUUAUGUAUAAACUGACUUUAAAACUAUUCUCAAUUAAUAUUGUUUUUGUUUUGCGCAACUUACUUAACCAACACACAAUCAAGUAAACAAACAUAUAGAAACAAGCAUACCCACACACACACACACUCAAACACACACACACACACACACAAAGACGCAGUACUUAAUUGUAAAACACAGUCUAAGCUCUAAGUUAGUGGAGCGUAGCACUCUUUUUCCACUUGUAUCUCAUGGUACUCGAUCCCCUGUACUGGCCCGCAAUAGCAAACGCUUAUUUAAGUAAAAACAAACAACUUACGACUAAACCGAAUUUAUAUCAUCCGACGACCUCGCCCAAAUCGUAGCGAAAUGGGGCAGCACCCAGAAACCAGAAACCGAGAACCGAAUCCAGUUUUGAAAUGAUUUCAAUCAAAUGCUUUGCAAAGCUAACUCCAUAUAUAGGCAACAAUACACACACACACACACACAUACACACACACACACACAUGUAGAUACAAUAUGAUCUUACCACAUACCGAUUGAGAUGAUUAGGAUUACGCUUACAAUACAAUACAAUACAAUGCACCCAAUACAUCCCAUACAAUUCAAUACAUUACAUACAUACAAACAAUCAUAUACAUACAUACAUACUGAGAACCUUACAAAUAGUUUUUUUUAGCAACUAACUAUUCAUUAUGUCAGCCCAUUUAGUUUUACCAACCAAAUGUGUACUUCAUAUUUUCAGUCCGGUUUUGGCCUCGAUAUUUCGACUGUUUUCUCUCCUCUUCUUCUUCAGGGCUCAACCUUAUAGGUUAUAUUCAAAUUACCCCAUCCGGCUUGAUUUUGACUGCAUUACGGUUAACCAUUAUACAACAUAUUUGUACACAUUGUUCACAUGUCUGUUUCUUGCAAAAAUUCACUAUUCUUAACAGUGCAAAGUAUUGAUAAUGCAACUAAUUUUUCUACACAUAUUUGGCCAUUUUGAAAGCUCGUCGACCGGAAAUAGAUACAAUUUUGAAGUGAUUUGGCUUUUUUAAUGAUACUUCCGCUCCACGCCUCAAUUUAUAUUUUUAUAUGUCGUACACGAAUUUGAAUACAGAAGAAUACAUUACAGACCGAAUAAAAAGAUCGCAACUGUUGCUCUCACUUUAAACCACAUUACAGUUGGCCCUUAUAAGUAUACUAUAAACACGACCAUACACACACACACUCACACACACUACACACACACACAUGCCGCAAGCGAUCAACGAUAGAUGUGUAAUCCAAUUAUAAUUGGAGGGACAGCUGUAUGUAUGCACUUAUACGUGAGCUGGUAUAAUUGUAGGCCGAUAGCAAAGUUGGGGUAGUGAAAAGGACUAAAUUGUAGUUUUUAACUGUAGCACAGCAAAUUUAUAUCUACUUAUACCAUUUAAGGGGUAAGAUAAGCAACUCUUCAUUCAACACAAACGAACUACAUAUGUAUAUGUAUAAAGCGAAUACGAACGAAGGCAAGAAAGCAACAGAGUGCAGAAGUGAACAAUGUAUCAAUGAAAAUAAAAACAAACAAAUUUAAAUUAACA